UGGGCGGCUCUUCUGAGAAGCCGGGCCCGGCGAAGCUGGCGGGGGGCAGAUAACAUCUCCCCUCGCCUGCAGCCUUGGCGGGACGUGCUCGGCAGGGCAGCGGGUGGGCAGAGAUAGAGCCCCGGUUCCCGGCGUUAUCAUCGCCCCGGCUGCAAACACGGUCCCUGGGCCCGCACCUUCCUCAUCGCCCGCUCUCUUCUCCUGGCCUCUCAGGGUUUUUGAUUGUGUUUUUUUGUUUGUUGGGUUUUUUUUAAAUUUUUCCUCCCCCUGAGGAGUGCAAUCUGCUUUUCCUCCCCUCCCAGCAGCCGGGGUGCUGCAGCUGGAGUUUCAGGGAGGCGGCGGUGCCGGCACGGCAGGAUCCGGGUGGGUUGGCCGAUGUUUCCUUCCUGAGCGGAGUGCACGGCCCCGAUAAGUGCCCCGGGAGAGCACGAGGUUCGCUGGGGAGCAGCGGGGCCGGCCCUGGGGAGCGCCACUGCCGGCUCAGCCGGGCACGUCGGGCCGGCUGCAAGCCAGCCGCGGUGCCGCCAGAUUGGCCUCGCAGCCAAAUCUGCCGGGGGCAGAGAUACGGCGUGGUUUGCCAGAGCCCGGCAGCUGCCCGACCCCGCAGGCAGCAGAGCAUCCCCGCAGGAACGCGCGCUCACCCCGGGCAGCGCCGGCGGCGUGGCCGCCUCUCCCCAGGCCGCUGGGGCCGGGAGGAUCUGGCAGCGAAGCGGCUCCAUCCCUGGAUUUCUGCAACUUUUCAUGUUGUUUCCUCCCCUCCCGCCCCCGUUCCAGUUUUAUCGGCUCCGUUGAAAUCGGUCCCUGGGGGGAAACCCAUCGGCGCUGCGGAGCCUUGGCAGGAGCCGAGCGGAUGUGGCCGGGCCGGGCGUCCCCGCGGGCGGCGGGCAGCUGCCGGCAGCUGUGCUGGCAGGAAGCCGCGCAGACGGCCCGUGCCAGGACCUGCCCGCUCCCCACCGCGCAGUGCACCUGCCUCGCUGGAGCCUCGGCAAUGAAUGGGCACUCGCUGCCGGCCGGCACGCCAGCGCAUCCCCGGGGCUGGCAUGAGUUCUGCGAGCUGCACGCCAUCAGCACCGCCAAGGAGCUGGCGCGGCACUACCUGCGCUUCGCCACCGAGCACCCGCACCAUGACCUCGUGGCCGCCGAGAACUUCUCGGUGCAGUUCACCGACCUCUUCCAGCAGUACUUCUGCCACGAGGUGAAGGAGGGCAUCGCCAUGAGCCAGCUCCGCAUCCUGCCCGCCGGCCCGGCGCGGGAUUACCGGGACACGCACCGGCGGCACACCGACGCUUCCCUGGGCACGGUGGCCGCCAAAGCCGAGGCGGAGCCCGGUGCCCGGCCCGAGCAGCCCGUCCGAGCCCCCGAGGCUGCUCCCUCGGGGCUGCGCAAGUCGUGGAGCUCGGAGGAGCUGGCGGGGCCGGCGCGGAGGCCCUUCUCACUCAGCCAGCUGCGCAGGAGCUGGCGCAGCCUCUUCCGACGCCGCUCCUCGGAUGCGCUCCCCGGGGAUGGCGACGGGGAGGCGGCCGAGGCGGCUCUCAGGCCGGGACUGGGGAAGCGCAUCCUGCCCUGGGGGCUGUCGCGGGAGCAGCCCCCCGAGGUGCGCAAGGAGGGGCUCCUCAAGUACGGGCUGCUGGAUGAGAGCUCCCUGGACAGCGGGACGCGCUGGCAGCGCUGCCGCCUGGUGCUGCGGCGAGCGGGGCCGCCCGACGCCGAGGAAUUUGUGCUGGAGCUCUUCGACCCGCCCAAGGGCUCCAAGCCGAAGCUGCUCGUCGCCUGCUCCGCCGUGCAGGAGGUGCGGAGGUGCACACGCCUCGAGAUGCCCGAUAACCUCCACACCUUUGUCCUCAAGGUCACCAACGCCACCGACAUCCUGUUUGAGGCAGGGGAUGAGCAGCAGCUCAGCUGCUGGACGGCCGAGAUCCGCGAGUGUAUGCGCCGGGGCAGGUGUGACACGGGUGACCCUGAGCUCCUGACGUGCCGACACCCCGACCCUGCAGCCGCCAGCCCCACCACCAGCACCGACACCCACAGCCAAGGGGCGACGCCGGGGGGCCCGGGGGAGGCGGCGGGGCCGAAGAUGGAGCAGUUCCUCUCCUCCUGCCCCUGGUUCCAUGGGCCCAUCUCCCGAGUGAAGGCGGCUCAGCUGGUGCAGCUGGGGGGGCUGGAGGGCCACGGCGUGUUCCUGGUGCGGCAGAGCGAGACGCGCCGCGGCGAGUACGUGCUCACCUUCAACUUCCAGGGCAGAGCCAAGCACCUGCGGCUGGCGCUGACGGAGCGGGGGCAGUGCCGCGUGCAGCACCUGCGCUUCUCCUCCAUCGUGGAGAUGCUGCACCACUUCCACCGCUACCCCAUCCCGCUGGAGUGCGGCACCGCCUGCGACGUGCGCCUCUCCAGCUACGUCGUCGUCCUGCCCCAGGCACAAGCUCCAGUGUCCAGCACCACGGUCCCACUCCCCCUGCCCUUUCCCAGCUGGAGCCCCGAGUUCAGCCUCGUCCCCGCCAGCUCCUCCUGCCCUCACGGCCCCGACGAGUCCCCCGGGGGUUCCCCGGCAGAGCAGAUCUUCCACCUGGUGCCACCGCCGGCCGAGCUGGCGCAGAGCCUGCGCCCGGCCAGGGCCGCCCCGGGCCCCGCGCCCCGGGCCCGCGACUCGGACUACGAGGUGGAGGCACCGGGCCGGGGCCACGCCCGGGCCAUCGACAACCAGUACACACCACUCUGACCAGCGGCACGCCGGCACUGGGAUGCACUUUCGGGUGGAGAAAUCCCGGAGACUUUCUGGGGGAUCCAUCGAGAGAAAGAAUGUACCUGUCUCUUCCUUCUGGUUAGGGAUUAUUAUUGUAUUUUUGCAAGGAAGGGGGUAAUUUUUCACUCCUGUACGGGUGUGCUCCCUCUCGUUGGCCUGUUGAAGGGCCUCUUAUUGUUAUUUUUGUUGUUUUUAUCGAAGCUUUCUCGUUACUGUUUACACAACGCCGCUCGUGCCUGCGCAGGGCCCGGUGUCCCGCCUGUCCCCGACACGGCAGCGCCCAGCCAAGGAACCAGGGGCUUGUGUUACAUCCACAGAAUUGGAGAAAGUUUAAAAAAAACCAGGAUAACACGAAGAAAAGGAUUAUAAAUUCGUUGCCAAGUUGCUGCUCCAAGCCUCGUCCUCCUGCCCCACCAGCAAAGCCCAACCUGAGCUGAGCUCCUACAAAGGGUGAUGAGCAGGGUUUGGGCUUUUUUUUUUAGCUAAGGCAAAAACUGUCUUUUUCUUGCUUUUCCUUUUUAACCCAAGACAGCUGUGGUCACUCCCUGUGCCAGCCAGAGGGAUCCUCAUCCUGCUCUCCUGGCUGAUUGAGACUGAACACUAAUUGCUCCACCCUUAGCCAUGGCACCAGCCGAGAACUAACACAGAGACUGACACAAACCUCUCCCGCUGGUGAGGGAGGGGUUUAUCCCUUUUUGUCCUGGUGAUAGAUGCGUUCUAUCCUGGUGGUGGAGGCUUUUUAUCCCUGUGGUGAAUGGGUUUUUAUCCUGGUGGUGUGGAGGUGUUUUUAUCCUGGUGAUGGAACUGUUUUAUCCUGGUGAUGGAGCAGUUUUAUCCCAGUGAUGGAACUGUUUUAUCCCAGUGAUUUUUAGGCAGAAAUCUAAAUUCAGUUUCCCCCCUGAAGACCCCCCCUACUCUCACUCACCUUUUUCCCCCCAAAACACCCUGUCACCAGGAGCUUGGUGGCAUUUAAAGCUCCACAACAGCCUCUUGCAGGCGAUGGGGGUCCCUGGGGACACCUCCUCACCUGGAGGGAAAACCCAUCCAAAUCCCCGGGUCUCAGCAUCCCCUGAUCCCCAGCUGUCCCCAAACUCUGCUGCUGUUCCUGAGCCCCUGGGGCUGCUCCACCUGCCUGGGGCAGCCGUGAGAGAGGAAGCCCUUCUGAGAAGCUGCCAUUAUUUUAGGAAAGAGGAAGGGCUGGAGCUGUUGCGCCACACAGCAGGGGAUGUUCACAGCAUUCAACUUCCAGAUUUCCCAGCGCAGCCUGCCCUGGGAUUUCGGGUGCAAAUCUUGCCUUGAGAUUGCCUUACAGAAAGCUUUUUUGCUUCUAUUUUUCCUUGAAAUUGCAAUACAGGUGGGAGCCCUCAGGAGCAUUAACAUUUAGCAAUUAAUUUGAAAACCAGCAGACACAAAGCCUCGUUGGGCUGAGUUAGGGAAUUCCACAAAAUUCCAGCCUCUGGGAGAGGCUUUGGUGUGCAGCAGGUUCUGGGUGAGCCCAAAGUCCAAGGAGACAAAGUCAGGACUGAAGGGCAAGGCCAAACUACCUGGGACCAAACAGCCCAGGAGACAGCCUGCAAAGCAAAUCUGGGUUUAUAAAUCAAAGUGUGAGGCUGGGAGAAACGGGAACCAUCAACUGGAUAAAUCAUUUAGGUUUUCCUUUUGUGCCUCCCCAUUGCUUGCUCUUGCUCCCUCCUGGGCUCUGUGCAUUUAGAGCAGGCAAAGGCUUUUUUUCCCCCCCCCCGAUUUCUCUACACUCGUGCCUGAAACUGGAGCAUUAAGAGCAAAUUGCCCUGGUCCUGAUGAGGAACAAAGCCAGCCCUGUCCUCGCCGGGCUCCUCAGCUGUAUCCGCAUCCCCUUCUCCUCCCUGGAGCAGCACAAAGGCUGCAGCCAGAGGCAGGAGCACAUCCCCGGGGCUGCCUUGUGCCAGGCAGGGCAGCUCCCUCCGAGGCUCAUAAAUAACUCCCCGUGCUCUUGCCUUUACAGGGAUGGGGAAGGGAAGGGGGGGACAGCACAGCACAAGUUGUCAUUUCCUUUCCUUGCUUUGCUGCCUGCUUCCCAGAGCCUUGGAAAACACAGGGAUGUGCUAAAUCUUGCCAAGAUUCCUGGUUUUAGUCCCACUGAGCUCCAGGGAGCUGCGUUCAAAGGGGUUUUCCCCCAAAAGGCGAGGUGGAAUCACCCGAAUCUCCCCUCCAUCUGCAAAGAAAUGAUGGGCUGGGAAAAGGCAGCGCUAUUCACAUCCCUUGCCAGAUGAAUCCAGAGAAAUCCUUGCCAGAUAAAUCAGAUGCUGCUGGGGUGGGUUGUUUUGGCACGCCAGGACUUUAUUGUUCCAGUGCCAGAACCGAAACAUGCGUGUGCAUGUGGUAUUUUUAACCUGCAGUUUAAUUACAAGGGGGUUCUCCGCAGUUUAAAUGGAAAUUGCUGGGCUUGAUUAGUAAAAUACACGUUGGGUUCAUUAUCUCCCCGUCAGCCACUUCCCCCAUGCAAACAAAUCCUGUGGGGGAGAACUCCUGUUCUCCCCACCAGUGAGCAGUGGGAGGGUGCCUCUGAUUAUUUAAUUAAUUCCAUCCUCAAACUCAGCCACAGGCAGCCAGGGCUGCCCAGCCCUCCCAGCUCCACCAUCUCCUCAUUUCAGAUCCACUGCAGCAGGACCUCAGGGGAUUUCUGGGCUAUUUCCCAAGCUCCCUGGAGGGAUUGAGUUUGGAAUCUCAUUUCUCCUAGAAAACAUCUGGCUUGUGACACAGGUCAGAGCCUGACUCUGCUCCUGCCAGCACGUUACUCCAGCCCCACGGUGCUCACUCCUCUGGAUUACAGCAGUGGGCAAAGAGAAUGAAGCCAUUCCGCCCUGUGGAAUAGCAGCAUUUUUGCAGGAUUUUUAUAUUCUUGUGAGUUGAGAGUAGAGCCCAGGGCUGGGCAGGUUUAGCUCCCCAGCCCCUGUGGGAUUUUUACUGGUGUUCAUGUGUUGAGUUUUGGGAGAAGGGGAAACCAAGGUGCUGCCUCCUCAGAAAUAAAGUCAGGUGUGGCCACCAGUUUGUGCCUUGGCCCUGCAGAGGGGCACGUGGAACACGAGCUUGGAUCCCACCUAACGGAGCCAGGAGCCACAGGAGCCCCAUCUCAUCCAGCUGCUCUGGACAGUUUUUAGCAAUAAAGUUGUAAACCAGGCAGUGCCUUCGCUCUGUCGCAGCAGGGAUCUGGUUUAGGGCACAAUCCAAGGCUUGGGUCCGGCCAGAAUUCCUCCCCCUCCUCUUCCUCUUGGUGUUUGGUGAGAGCUGCUCCGGACAGUUUUUAGCAAUAAAGUUGUAAACCAGGCAGUGCCUUCGCUCUGUCGCAGCAGGGAUCUGGUUUAGGGCACAAUCCAAGGCUUGGGUCCGGCCAGAAUUCCUCCCCCUCCUCUUCCUCUUGGUGUUUGGUGACAGCUGCUCCUGCUCCUGUGUCCCCAGGGGUGUCAGGUUCUGAAGGAGCUCCUGAAAUCAAACAUUUGCUGAUCCCUCCCUCCCUCCCACAUCCCACCCUGAGGAACAGCACCAGCAGGAACCAACACUGACACCACCAUUCCUCACCCAUCCCUUUGGAUCGAAGCUAUUUUGGGGUGAAACUUUAAGGAAAAGAUCCAGGGGGAAGCCAAAGCUUCUCAUUCCUCAUCUGGACCACCAAACUGCGGCGUCACUCAGCAUUUCCAAACUUUUAGCUUUGAUCCAAGCAGCCCCAACAUUUUCCCAGCAGCUCCCAGAGGCAGGGAGGUGACUGUGCAUUCCCUAACUCAGCCUUUAGCAGGACGAUUAAAGCCAACAAUUUUGUUGGUAUGUAUUAAUUUGAAAGUUCUACUUUUCACCUGCACAGAAAAGUUCUUCUUGUAUAGUAAUUUUUUUUCUAUAUAUUGUUUCUGUAUGUACUGUACAAGUAACUUAUUCUUGAAUAAUGCGAUUUUACCGUAAUAUAAAAAAAUCUGCUCUUAAUAAACUGUUUUUAGAACUUGUUUCUCACUUGUAGUCUUCAGUCUGAUUCUCUCCAGGUGCCUGGAUGUUGUUUUAGUGGAUAAUGGAUGCUAAAAGGCAGAAAUGCUCCCUCAGACAUGAAAACCCUCAGUUUUGUCCCCAUGGGAUGAUGCCUGCAUUAUCAGGACAGUCAGGACACGGCCCUUGGAGCAGGGACAGCUUUGUCUCCCCAUCUUUUUAAGGCAUUUUGCAAGGAAUUCUUACCCUUCCUUUCCUUCUCCAGCAGCACCACUGACUUUUAUGCUUUCAUCACCUUAGGGGCCCAUCCUGGACCUUUCCUGAGCAAGGCUGAGGGAUCAGGAACACAAAAUCACCUGGACACAAAACCCUGUUAGAAAACUGAAAUUGUGAUUCCCAAACCUUUCCCUUAUUCCUGCAGCAGACUCAGGGCAAACCCUGGCUCCAGCUGGAGCAGCUGAUAUGGGAAGAGACUCAAAAAUCACCACACAAACACCAAGGAGGGUCAGUUUUUAAAACUUUUUUUAUUUUUUAAUUUUUUUUUUAAGUUUUUAUUUUAUAUUAUCUACAAAGUAAAAGUUUUCUUAACUUAAAAGUUACAUCACUGUCUCACGAUAGUGAUUAUCUCAUCAAACGUGAUUUAUAAAUAAUAACUCAUCCGUUUGACGAUUAGAAUUUUUUUUUUUUUUUACUGAACCUGUUUCAAGUUUAGUUAGAAGUAAAAGGGAUCUCCAAGUCUUGAUUUUUAGUGAUAAUAGCAGCAAGAAUCACUCUUGUUACUUCUUUUGCUAGCUGACGAGUUCAUAACUUUGAAGGGUCAUUAAAAAAUAAAUAACUUCCAGUUUUCAGCAAGCAGAGUUGGGGCACUUGCAGGACUCAGAUACAGUGCAUGGAAUUAUGGAAUAGCCCACAAGUUCCUAAAUGCCUCUACUCAGUCCGAAUCUCUCCCACUGCAAGAUGAACUGUUAGCAUUCCUAGUGGAUGUUACAAGAAAUCAAAAUUUUUUUUUUUUU